GCAUCUGUCAAAAGCCCACAUUUCAACUGCUGCCCUUCCUGUGCAGCAGCCGAGGAACCACGGAGGAUUGGAUUCUUCUGCACAAAACCUCCCGUUAAAUCCCUUUUCUUCCUCGCGUCUUUCAUCUCAUCCUUUCUGGUUACUGCCUAGCAACAAUGAAGAAAGUGGGCUAGAUCUUUAUGAUCAAAUGCCGGGGAACAGCUCCCGAUUCUAGCUAGCCCUUGCUGCUUUGCCUCCCAUCGCCACUAGAAAUAUGGAUCCUGGAGAGAGAACACAGCACCGCAUUGUCCACGAAGGGAACCACCAACUGUAAAAGCUUCAAUGCUUCUAUUGUCAGCAGCAGCAGCAGCAGCAGCAGACAAUGUCUGGGAGGAUGGGAACUAGAAGUGCUGCUUCCGUCCCUUGAGAAAUGACCACAGAGAAUUCAAGGCAAGGCGGCUGGUGAACAGGGAAGGAAGCAGAGAGAGGGACACAGUGGAUGCCGUGAAAAGCAGCCUUGGGAAGCAGGCUGUUGGGGGGGGAGGGAGACGAAAGCAUGGCUGAUAGCAUCUUUUCCGCUGAAGGGAUGGUGUGCCAAAACUACUUGCACUGAGCUUAAUCUUUCCAUGCUACAAAUGGCCUGAACGAGGAAGAGCUUGUCGGUCACCAGCCAUCUGCCUACAAAAGGCUCAAGAUGGAUCCCAUGAAAUAGCAGUGGGUCCCAAGCCAAGAAAACGCUUCCUUCGAUCCUUCUCAUAUCCCUUAUUGGAUACUUACAACAUGCUUCAGUGGAGGAGGAGGCAUUGCUGCUUUGCCAAGAUGACCUGGAAUACCAAACGCUCCCUCUUCCGCACACACUUCAUUGGCCUCCUCUCCCUUGUGUUCCUUUUUGCUACAUUUCUCUUUUUUAACCACCACGAUUGGCUGCCUGGGAGAGUUGGAUACAAAGAAAACCCUGUGGCAUAUACUACACGGGGAUUUAGAUCCACAAGAAGUGAAACCAACCACUCCUCUUUAAGGACCAUUUGGAAAGACGCCAUUCCUCAAACCCUGAGGCCACAGGUGAUGACGGCUAAUUCCAACGACACAGGAGUGUCACCUCAGGGAGUCACUGGUUUGGAGAACACGCUCAGUGCCAAUGGGAGUAUAUACAAUGCAAAAGGAACUGGCCGUCCAGCUUCGUAUCAUUUCAAAUACAUCAUCAAUGAGCCUGAAAAAUGCCAGGAAUCAAGUCCCUUCCUAAUACUUCUGAUAGCCGCAGAACCAGACCAGGCGGAACCUCGGCAAGCCAUCAGGCAAACCUGGGGAAACGAAAGCUUGGCACCUGGGAUUCAAAUACUUCGGAUUUUUUUGCUAGGUUUAAGUAUUAAACUGAAUGGAUACCUUCAGCAAGCCAUCCUGGAAGAAAGCAGGCAAUACCACGAUAUCAUCCAACAAGAAUACGUGGAUACUUAUUACAACUUAACAAUUAAAACGCUCAUGGGGAUGAACUGGGUGGCCACCCACUGCCCAAAUGUUGCAUACGUUAUGAAAACUGACAGCGACAUGUUUGUAAAUACGGAGUAUUUGAUACACAAGCUUUUGAAACCGGAGCUGCCUCCCCGGCAAAAAUACUUUACUGGCUACCUAAUGAGGGGCUAUGCACCUAACAGGAACAAAGACAGCAAGUGGUACAUGCCACCUGAUCUGUAUCCAAGCGAACGCUACCCUGUGUUCUGCUCUGGGACUGGCUACGUGUUUUCUGGAGAUUUAGCGGAAAAGAUUUUCAAGGUUUCACUGAGUAUCAGGCGGUUGCAUUUAGAGGAUGUGUAUGUAGGCAUCUGCCUUGCCAAACUGAGAAUUGACCCAAUGCCCCCACCCAAUGAGUUUGUCUUCAAUCACUGGCGGGUUUCUUAUUCCAGCUGUAAAUAUAGUCAUCUAAUUACCUCCCAUCAGUUCCAGCCUAGCGAACUGAUCAAAUACUGGAAUCACUUGCAACAGAAUAAGCACAAUGCCUGUGCCAACACGGCAAAAGAAAAAGCGGGAAAGUAUCGUCAUCGUAAACUGCACUAAAAAGGACUUAAAAUACUGCAAAGUGUAAAAAGAAAAAUCCAGUUGAAAGCAUGUACAGUGGCGGGGGGGGGUGAUGUGCUUAAGAGGGAGAUAUUUAAGAGGAAGCACUUAUUGUGUGAAAAUUAUUUUUUUAAUUUAAAAAAAAUUAUCUAAUUCUUUAAAAUAUUACAAAAGGAAUAUUAAUCAAAAGGUUUUCAAUGGCAGGAAAAAGAGAAAAGGCAGUAUCAAGAUAUUUGUGUUGAUGUGCAAUAAUAAGCAUGCACAGCUUGGUGGUACAAUUGCUAUUUUAUGUGCCAAUAAAAUUCACUACGCAAAUAUUCUAUAUUAAUUUAAUUUUUAAAAGUUUUUUUUUUAAAAAAAUGACCGUGAAAAACACAACUGAAAAAAUACAAAUCAAAUUUCUCCCACUGACUGAAAUUUCAGCUGAGUAUACAUAACUUUCAAACACGAUUUUAUGUGGCACCAAUGCUAUCAGAGGUUUUAAAGAAUUCCCUUGCUCCAAUAGAGAUAAUAUCUUGGAACAAGAACACUGACAACUAUGUAAAAUAUAAAAUCUCAUACAGAUCAUAGCUUGCCUCAUUAAAAUAUUCUUAAUGAACUGUUUUCUUGUAAUACAAGUCCUUUCAAUAGUAAAAACACAUUGACUGCCAUGUAAGGUACACCAUUAUUUCUUGACAAAUUUUACCUAAUAUUUUAGUGAUCUAUCAAAAUAGAAAGGAAUUACUUUUAGAGACUACAGUGAGAUAUACUAAAUCCAAAAGUUGUAUUUAUAAGUUUUAUUUGGAAAAUAUGUAACAAUCUACAUGUUAAAAAAUAUUUAGGUAUGUAUCAGGUUUCCUGUGAUGCCAUCUAUUUUUUCAGUUCACCUAACAGCACCCACCCAAGAAGAAUUACUCUAGUAACUAGAGUAUAUAAAAGAUAAGAUCCUAUAUCCCACUCUUUGUUAUAGAGAUAGCUUAAUAUUCUACUAACAAUGUUUUCCAUAAAGACACUCAAACUGAACAGAAAAUGGUUUUUUAAAACUAUCAAUUAAAUCCUGACAUUUGGUGAAUAAGCAGGUUUUAAAAUUUAUCAAUGACACAUGGAGAUUCUAUUAAGGUUCUUUAACAGAACUUUUCUGCGUCUUCAAAUUGGCAAAAUUCAUUAAUAUAAAUACUAAAUUGUUGAGAUCACUGCUUCAUUGUUUAUAACUACACUUCAAUCUUAAAAGAUAUUAUGAUUUCAAACUCCAAAGAUCUCACUCAAACAAAACAAGAGCCAGUCCUUCUGAACACUCAUGGAAAGCAGAUAGUAGAUUUGCAAAAUAGGUGAAUAUUCUCCAAAGGUUUCUCUUCACCCAAUGAUCUAGGCUACCACCAAUAUGAAUAGUUUCCAACUUCUGUCUUUCAUUCUAGCAUGUUAGAAGUUUUAUUGUAUUAAAAUAAUCUUGUUUUGGCUAGGAACUGACUAGGUGUUGCUAUUCAGCUAUUCUCAAAUUGUAGUUCCUAUAGUUCCUUUCCAUUGGCAAUGGUGGCCAGAGUUAAUAGUAAUAGAGGUCAAAAACAACCAGAAGGACAUGAUACACAACAUUCUUGACUUAGAAAUGUAUUUAAUGAAGUAGCAGAUAAAUGAAAACUGGAAAACAGAAAAAGUCAUAUUUAUCCCAUUCAAUAACUUUCUGAAGAACUGACAUUAUACCUAUCCUAUUUCUAAUGUGGAAUUGCAAAAUUCCACUGACUGUUUUUGCCCAUGAUAAAUCUAAUUAACUAUGUAUGCAGUAUUCUUAUUACCUACAAGCAUUAAAAACUACUUCAUACCCAACUUGGGAAAAAAUGCUUCAUUGGUUUAUUAAGUACUUGUACUGGCUGAAAUAUGAGCUUAUUAAAAGGAAAUCAAGCCAUAGAAAGUUGGGGGGAAAGUAUGGAACAUCCAUUGUUCCAUUACUGAUAUGGUGGGUUAACAGGGAAAUGCAUCAUCUUCCAUGUUGCUUGUCCCCAUCCUCCAUUAAACAAACUA